CUUCCUCCCCGGCCUGCGGCGCGGCGGGAAGGGCCGGGGGCCGCCGGCCCCAUGGAGCCGCUGCUCUUCGCGUGGGGUGCAAACAGCUACGGACAACUUGGUCUUGGUCAUAAAGAGGAUGUGCUGGUACCUCAGUCACUGAAAGAUGUUUCCUGCAAAUGUCAAGACAUUAAAAGCAUUACUGGAGGAGGGGGACAUUCUGCAGUUAUCACUGGUUCAGGAGAACUCUUUGUAUGUGGCCAUAACAAAGAUGGGCAGCUGGGAUUGAAUCACACAGAGGAUGUACUGCGUUUUACCUUGUGCACUGCCCUGUCUGGCUGUUGUGUAAAACAAGUUGCCUGUGGCUGGGAUUUUACAAUCAUAUUAGUAGAAUCUGGCCUAGUUCUGUCGUGUGGAUCUAACUCUUUUGGACAAUUAGGAGUUCCUCAAAUUUCAGGUCCGUGCUUGAUUCCACAACAGAUUGAGUGUCUCAAAGAGAAGGUGGUGAAUAUUGCUGCAGGACUCAGACAUGCCCUUGCUGCUACAGAGAGUGGUUUGGUGCUUCAGUGGGGAACUGGCAUGGCGUCUCAGGCAAAGCGUGCAAACCAAGGAAGAACCCUCCCACUGUUCUUGACAGCAAAGGAACCCUGUGAAGUAACAGGCUUGGAAGAUGUAAAGGUGAAGACAGUCGCUGCGGGCUCCUGUCAUUCAGUGUCACUCACAGGUGAAGGACACCUGUAUGUUUGGGGUAGCAACAAACAUGGGCAGCUGUUGAGCAAAGAAAUCUUUCUUGCUGAGCCCAAGAAGAUUGAGACUCAGUUUUUCUCACAUGAAAAGAUUGGAGCAGUUUGGUGUGGCUGGACCCACUUGGUGGCACGAACAGAAGCUGGUAAGAUAUUCACCUGGGGCAGAGCGGACUAUGGGCAAGUUGGAAGGCAUGCCGUGGUUCCCGACGGGCAGAGGGUGUGCACAGCAUCUGAACAACGCUUGGAGCUGUUGAGUAACACCCCUAUUUCAGUGCCUUGCCUAAAUGGAGCAUCUCAGAUUGCAUGUGGCUCAGAGCAUAAUCUGGCAGUAGUUGGUGGCCAGUGCUUCUCUUGGGGAUGGAACGAACAUGGGAUGUGUGGUGAUGGCACAGAAGCAAAUGUUUACACCCCGAAGCCAGUCAACGCUCUUGGUUAUGCAAAACAGAUCUUAAUUGGAUGUGGGGCAGGACAUUCCAUGGCUCUUUGUUAAUCUCCACAUUAGACUUGGCACACCUGAAAUCAUAGCAUUCGUGGAUGUGGAUGGACAUCUUUGGGUUGCAUAGCUCAGAAGUGCUAGAGGAGGAUUGCCCAUGAUUAACACAAUAGUUGGAAAGUGCAGAAGUUUUUUCUAAGACUAGAAGGCAUGAGUAUGCAUAGAAAAUGAUAAUAUUUUAAAAAUCGUUUCAUGGGUCUUUUUCACAGGAAUUUACAUUCUUACCCACAGAUAGAAUGACAUUUUGCCUUGAUGCAAUGCCAUUGAAGAAAGAAUGACUUUUUCUUGUUGUUCUGAGAAGACUUUGACGAAGAAACCGGUUGCUUAAUUGCUUAUGAUUGGUGUAUAAAUUCAGUCUGAGGAAAUGGCCUGAGAAGGUGGUGACAUAGGGCUCCUUCUGGUCUUUUGUUAUUGUAUCUGUUCAUCAUGAUGAGCAUGUGUUGCGCCUGCCAACUUCUAUUGGAGUUGUGAACUCCCAGCAUCUCAGAAAAUCCAGUUUGCAUCACAGAGAAAUGCCAGUGAACAUAAAUAGAUGCAGACACACAUCUUAAACAGAAGAUUAGGAUUAAAACAAAAAAAAAAAAAGAAGGCUUACAAAAGGGGAACAUGAGGCCCUUCUGAACUAGCUAUAUCUUGAUUACACUGUGAAAGGAGCAAUAUUUCUGAGGAAUUAUCUUCUGUGCCAGACAUCAGUUUAUUAUAGAUUUACAGGAAUGCAGAUCUGCAUGAAUUAUCAUCAACUUGCAAACCAAACCUGAAAUUUCUGAAGCUACUACUUAGGCAAGAAAAAAUUCUAAGAGCUCAUGGAAACAAUAGAAAAGUUCUUGUCAAAGGGCGUAAAACAGUUGUAGCUGCUGAGAACAGUUUGAUCCAACAUAACUCCUGUGUUUCCAGCUGCCUUUGAAUAGGAAGACAUCCAAAUCUAAACAGAAAGAUUUUAUGAAUUCUCCAGCCUAAAAAGCAGACCAGAAUGCUCCUGAUGAAUUUCAGGUUAGUUCUCACGUUUCGCAGCCCAGCUGAGUUACUGUUCAGAACAUGCCCACAGUACUUGUUCCAGGUGAGUGCUUGGCAGAGAAUGUAGGCCUAACACUUGUUUUGGUAGAAGAAAUGAAAAAGUGUAAAAUAUCUUAAGAUAUUAUUAGAUGCCUAUGUUGAGCAGAAUUUUGGAAGCUAUUUAUAAAACUGUUUUUCACACAAAUACAGUGGAUGGCAUUAAACUGGAUGUUUACCACCCACGAUAGUUACAUUUGGUGUGGUAUUUGAUAUAUUUCAAGUUCUAAAUAUAGAGAAUACUACUGUGUGGUAAAUGCACCUUUUAAUGAGACCUACUGUUGCUAAACAGUGGUUUAAUUUUUAAAGCAGGCUUCCCAGGGAAGAAACCUUACAGAAUACUCAGAGAAGGGCUCUUAGGAAGUAGGACAGGAAGGCUUUCUAAUGAUAUAUCAAGAUACACAUGGAAGGAAGGAAUUAAGGGGGGUAAUAUGGGCUGUGAGGGUCUUUUUCCCCCCCUUGGUUUUACAGCAGUUCUAGUUCAUGGCCUAAUUUUCAAAGGCAUUUUCUUUUUCUAUUCAAUGGUUGUGAAACUUGAACUGACUAUGAAGCUGAUUAUAACUGUAUUACAGGUACUGAAAGAAUCUGUAAGAAUAAUCAAAUGGGUCCUCUGCAAAAAGUACAGAAUUGAGUCUUGUACUGUAAAGUGGUUCUGUUAAUCUGUGUAUUAGUUGUGGUUCUUCAUGGCAAUACGCUGUUCUGGGCUGUGACCUCUUGCACUUUUUACUUAUCAAAGUUGCUAUUUAUUGACUCUCCUCAAUGAUACUUUCUAGAUACCACAACUUCUCUAUUACAUAUACUGAACAGUUUUUUCGUGCUUUUUUUUUUGGCAUUUCUACCUUUUGUUUUCCUCCAAAAUCCGUGUACCAAAUAAACAUGUUAUCUUGUUUCAGUAAUCAUACCCUCUAAAUAAUUCUGUUCCUUGAUUAAUCACAGCUAGUAUGUGUGCCCUCUAACAAGGGUUACUGUACUGAGCAUAUUUUGACUGUGUAUGCUGUUCCUGCAGAUCAUUUCAGAGGAAUCUAACGAAUUACAUAGAAAAUAAAUGCAACUUGGUAAUAUGAAA